AUGUUAGAUUCCAACAAAACUGAGUUCACCAACCCCUCCACCUUCAUCCUGCUGGGCAUUCCUGGCCUGGAGAUGGCCCAUGUCUGGAUCUCCAUCCCCUUCUGCACCAUGUACGCCAUAGCUGUCUUGGGGAACUUCACCAUCCUUUUCAUCGUGAAGAGGGAGCCGAGCCUCCAUGGACCCAUGUACUAUUUUCUCUGCAUGCUGGCUGGCAGUGACCUAGUCGUUUCUACGUCCAUUGUGCCGAAAAUGCUGAGCAUCUUCUGGUUCAGUUCUAGGGAGAUCAAUUUCAGUGCCUGCCUCACCCAGAUGUACUUCAUUCACUGCAUCUCUUCGAUAGAGUCUGGGACCUUGGCGACCGUGUCUUUGGAUCGCUAUGUGGCCAUCUGCGACCCCCUGAUACUUUCCACCAUCCUGACAAACCCUGUGGUGGCCAAGAUUGUCCUGGCCAUGGUGCUGCGUAGCACCAUGGUCAUAUUGCCCUUUCCCUUGCGGGCGAGGCGGUGGCCAUAUUGCAGAACCAACAUCAUCCCCAAGCCGUACUGCGUGCAUAUUGCUGUGCUGAAGCUGGCUUGCACCGACACCAGCAUCAGUAGUUACUACGGCCUCUUUGUGCUAUUCUGUGUGACUGGUGUGGAUGUGAUAUUUAUCGCCGUGUCCUAUACCCAGAUCCUCAGGGCCAUCUUCAGCCUCCCCACAAAGGACACUCGGCUCAAGACUUUGGGGACCUGCAGCUCCCACCUCUGUGUCAUCUUAGCCUUUUACAUCCCACAUCUCUCCUCCUCUGUCAUGUAUCGGUUUGGGCAGAAUGUGGCUGUACAUUUCCAUGUUCUCAUUGCCAACAUGUUCCUCUUGCUGCCCCACAUGCUGAACCCCAUCAUCUAUGGGGUGAUGACCAGGCAGAUCAGGGACAGGCUGCUCCUGCUCUUUACUCAUAAAGGGACCUAA